AUGUACAUAGAACAGUACCUCAAUCAGGGAAUGCUAAUAUUUCUAACACCCAUAGAGAUUUCUGCCCCCAUCCCGGAAGCCCUGGAAGAGGUGCGGGACUGCAUUCAGAAAACACUGACUGAAUGGAGCUCAAAGAUUGGACAAGAUCUAAAUCAGGAAAUACUGGAGGAUCUGGAAUGUACAGUAGCUCAAGCUAUAGAAAAAAUAAUUCCUGAAGAAAGGGAUGAGUUGAAAGUAUCAGCAAAACUUUUCAUUGUUGGAUCAAACUCUUCAUCAAUCAGAGAUGCAGUUGACAUGGCAUGUUCUGCCCUCGGAGUUGCUCAGUUAGACUCAGUUAUUAUCGCCCCACCUCCUGUUGAAGAUGGAACUAGCCUCUCCUUGGAGUAUUUGCAACCUUAUUGGAAAGAACUUGAAAAUCUGGUUCAAAACAAAAAGAUUGUUGCCAUAGGCACCUCUGACCUAGAUAAAACACUUUUAGAGCAGCUGUAUCUUUGGGCACAGGUGAAACCAAGUAGUAAUCAGGUGAACCUAGCCUCCUGCUGCGUGAUGCCACCUGAUCUCACAGCAUUUGCAAAGCAGUUUGACAUACAGCUGUUAACUCACAAUGACCCUAAAGAAUUACUUUGUGAAGCAAGUUUCCAAGAAGUUCUUCAGGAAAGUAUCCAGAGCACGAAAGCACAUGAGUGGAUUCCUUUGUGGCUUCUCCGGUAUUCAGUCAUUGUUAAAAGCAGAGGAAUUAUCAAGUCCAAAGGCUAUAUCAUGCAAGCUAAAAGAAAUGCUUCUUGA